GUUUUUUCCGUGGCACAAAUGAAUUUCUUUCUUUUUAUGUUUUGGUUUUUUCCUUAAAAAUCAAUGUCCUUGCUUCACAAGUUUUUCUUCUACCUCUAAUUUGCACAAGUUUUCAUUGAAUGAUCAACAAAAUACAAAAUAUCUGUGUUGGAAGCAAAGUUUAAGAACAAAGUUACAACCUUUAUGAGCAAAUUAUCACUUUCAAGUAGAAAAUAACCAAAGGGUAUGGCACAGUUCACUGCUCAAGGUCGGUUGAAGCUGUUUUUCAAUGGGGAAAGUGUGUCAUCUUUUUUGGAGAACAGAGACCCUUUUCAAUUCAAGUGUAGAUCAGUUCAGACCCAUAGAAGAGGAUCAAGUUACAAAGGUUCUUCUUCUUAUUCUUCUGCUGCUAGAUUUCAACAUGCAUCUUCUUCAUUUCUCAGAAGGAAAUUAAACUGUUAUAAUGCUGAAGCACGCCCUAGUGAGGGUGUUCAUGAUGACUAUGAAUAUGUUUUAAAAUACAAUUCUCUUGAUGAUGAUGAUGAUGAUGAUGAUGAUGAUGAUGAUGAUGAUGAUGAUGAGGAAGAUGAUGAGGAAGAUGAAGUGUUUGAGGGAGAUGGCUUGUCUUGUUUCCGGGGUCUUGUGUUGGAUAUAUCUUACAGGCCAGUCAAUGUUGUAUGCUGGAAACGGGCCAUUUGUUUAGAGUUCAUGGAGAAGGCGGAUGUACUAGAGUAUUAUGAUAAGACCGUGAACUCCCCCAGUGGAUCUUUCUAUAUACCAGCUGUCUUAAGGAUUCGUCAUUUACUUCAGGCUAUUAAAAGAAGAAGAGUAUCAAAGAACACUCUUAGUCGGAAAAAUAUACUGUUUAGAGACAAUUACACCUGUCAGUAUUGCUCUUCGCAUGAGAAUUUGACCAUUGAUCACGUUGUGCCAGUUGCACUAGGCGGAGGAUGGACAUGGGAAAAUUUAGUGACUGCUUGUUUCAAAUGCAACUCAAAGAAAGGUCGAAAGUCCAUAGAGGAAGCUAAAAUGCAGUUGAAUAAGGUCCCAAAGGCCCCAAAGGACUAUGAGGUUCUUGCCAUACCUCUAACUGCAGCAGCUCUAAGAGUGCUGACAGCAAGAAAGGGGACACCAGAUGAAUGGCGUCAGUAUCUAAGUUCCGACUAUAGAACCAUGAGUUAGUGCAUGUUUGGAUUCAUGGCGAGUUUGAUAAAAUCACGGUGCAAAAGCUAUAAAGCACUGUAACUUUGUCAAACUUAACGUGAUUCCAAACAUGCACUUAUGGCUAUGCAUUCCUGUGUGUGAUGCUAGUCACACUGAUUCUCUUUGCAAGUAGGUUACUGUAAGUAACUCCAAUUGAUGAUAAUUGUAAACAAUACUAUCCAAUAUCAGGAAUUGUGUAAAAUUUAUGUAUAGUAAAUUCCUGCCUAAUGUAUUUUAUGAUGGCUCAGACCUUUUCAUUUGUAUGUAAUAAUCUUGGUGAAAUGAACAUAAUUGAUUUAACCCUCUAA